AUGCCAGAAAAGAAAAAGCUUAAAUUGCCAACAAAGUGGCUCUUGUCAAUAACAAAAAGUGAUAAAAAAUCCAUACAGGAUGGAAAAGAGAAACCAUUGUUUAUUAAAAAUAUUAUACGUACAACUGAUAUUAGAACAAAACCCCCAAAAUUACCGUUCUUCGCUCCAUUAUCUCCAUCAUCGCAACGUUGUCAUCGUCGUAGAACGAAACGUCGAAAUGAGAUUACGCCAGAGGAUAUUCAAUUUGAUGUUCGUAAAUCAGUUCAACCAAUACCGCAAGACAAAAAUAAACUUAACACACUUGCUGUAUCAAAACAUAGAAAGCCAAGAAUUCGAAAACAAUUUCAUUCCGAUGAACAACUGUUAUUUGAUGCUAUACCGGAAAUAUUAGAGCCAACGAAUGGCAGUCAGCAUAUAGCAGACGAAAGCAAGUUUACCUGUCAAAGUAAUCAAGAUAAUGAUUUCAACAUGUCUAAUCGAUCUAUUGUUGAUUAUCCGUUAGAAGAACGGAUUGUUCGAUUUGAACAUCUGAACAAUGAGCCAAUAUUUUCUUCAUCAUCGACAGCAAUUUCCAAUUCAAGUAAUAUACCACUUAAUGAUGAAGAAUUAAAUGAAUGUUUCAAUACUAUUUUGAGAAAUUCAAUAGCUGCUAGAUCAAUUUCACAAGAAACGUUAUCAACGCUUGAUGGUUUAUCUUUAGUUUCAUAUGAACAACAAGCAACGGUCAGUAAUGACGAUCUUUGGGAUUCAGGACAUGGUUCAUCACCCUCUUCAAAUGAACAUAGUCGUCAUAGUAUUACUACCACAAAUCAUUCGUAUUAUACAACUUCUCGUUCAAAAAGUGUGGAUAGUCUUAAAGAUAAUAAAAAAAACGUCAAAAAAUCUUAUACAUCAAACACGCAGAAUAACAAUUCAAAUUUAUUUUUUGUUAAGAGAAAAAGUGUAAAAUCUAGUAUUCAACAGCAACAGAAACAGUCCAGUAUAAAUGGUCUAGAAAAAUCGGGUCUCACACGUGUUUCAGCAUCGCUUUACAAAUUAUCACCAACUGAUGACGAUCACUUUUGUGAAAAUUCUAUUAAUUCAUUCUGCCAUUAUUGUCCUUCCAACAAUCCAUCAUUCACGGAAGAGCUACCUCGAGCAAAAACUCAAUAUCACCGUGUUGUUGCUGAUUCAUCAAGUACAAAUGUAACUUCAGAACAGCAACAUCAUCUAUUAUUAUCGAUUAAAAAUCAUAUAAACAACUGCUUUUCUGCUAAGACAGCAACGUCACAAACCGGAAAUAGCAACAAAAAACAAAAUAAAGUAUCUUUAUCGAAAUUAAGCGUAAUGCAAGAACUGUCGGAAAAACUUCACGCCAGUGUUCAAAACACCGUUUAUGCAGGUUUUGAGCGCGAACUGAUUGUCCAACGUAAAAGAGAUUGUUCGGAUGAUGAAGCCGAUACUUAA